AUGUUAAUCACCGAAUCCUAUCAUGACGUUAAAACAUCAUACGGAACAACACUCCGUCUAUAUGUCUACCAUCCAAAAAUCCCAAACUACCCAAGGGCAAAAUUCCCAGGUGUAUUAGUCUAUUCAGAAAUCUAUCAAGUCACAGGCCCAGUCUCAAGAUUUGCCAAAAAAAUCGCAAGUGAAGGGUAUAUCUGCGUUGCACCAUCUAUUUAUCAUAAUUUCGAAGGACCCGAACCAUUGAACUAUGAUGCCGAGGGGACUGACCGUGGUAAUGAGUAUAAAGUCAAGAAACCUUUGGAAUCUUAUGAUGAAGAUAAUAAAUUGGCUCUAGAUUAUUUGGAAUCUUUGGAAACUUAUUCGGGGAAAUGUGGUGCCACUGGUAUGUGUCUUGGUGGUCAUCUAGCUUUUAGAAGUGUUUUGGAUAAAAGAAUUAGUGCAUCUGUUUGCUUUUUCCCUACUGAUAUUCAUGAUCAUGCAUUAGGGGCUGGUGAAAAUGAUGAUUCAUUGAAAAGAGCUGAGGAGAUGAGUAGAAAAGAUGUUGAAAUUGUUUUAAUUUUUGGAACAUUGGAUAAUCAUGUCCCACCAGAAGGUAGAGAUUUAAUUAGAAAGACUUUGAGGGAUCAUGAUGUUAAUUUUACAUUUAUGGAAUUGAAUGAUGCUCAACAUGCUUUUGUUAGAGAUGAAUCGAGUAAAGGUAGAUAUGAUAGUGCAAUUACGUCUGCAUGUUUUGGAUUUUUAUUUGAAUUGUUCAAUAGAAGAUUAAGAACAGAUUUAGGUGAAAAUGACGGUAAAGAAAUUGAAGUUGAACAUGUUUGUUAA